AUGUCCGAUUCCGCCCAACCCAUCAGCUUCUAUGACAUCGCUCUCAAGCCACCAGUCAAAGAAAAUGCCUGCUCACCAAACCCAACCAAGGCCCGAAUGGCCUUGAAUUUCAAAGGCGUGCCAUACUCUACCACUUGGGUUCCUCUUCCCGACGUCUCCAAAGUCCGUCGCAGUUUGAAUGUUCCGCCUUGUCGGAAAUUUGCCGAUGGCGGUGACUUUUACACCCUGCCUGUUAUUGUGGAUCCCAACACCGGCUCGAAAAUCGGUGACUCUUUCGAUAUCGCGGUGUAUCUGCAAAAGACAUAUCCUGACUCGGGGGAAGGUAAUCUGUUCCCCGCCCAGAAUCUGGACUAUGAGUACAAGGCUGGCGCAGUGGUAGCUGUCCCGCUAUCGGACCUCCAAAAUGAAGAAUUUGCCGACUACGCCAAGUUCAAUCAGCAAGUCGAUGCAGUGUUCACAAUGCACACGGGUCUCGCUAUACAGUGUUUCCCAUUCGACCCUGCCACGGAAGAAAUCAGCAAGGCGGAAUUUGCUCGUCGGGUUGGAGUCUCGUCUAUCGAUGAGUUGAAUCUCACCGGUGAAGCCAGGGAAAAAGUCAUCCAGUCUUUCCGAGAGGCUCUAAGUGGACUUGCAGUGCUCUUUCAGCGGGAUUCCAGUGGGCCCUUUCUGCUCGGUCCGAAGGCAAACUAUGCUGACCUAAUUGUUGGAGGGUGGUUGCGAAUGAUGCAAGGAGUUCUGCCAACAAACGAGUGGGAACAAUUGCGAGGGUGGCACGAUGGUGUUUUUGCUCGAUUGUAUGACGCGUUGGAGGUGUAUCGGGAGAUGAAAUGA